AUGGCCUCCGGGGGAGACCGGGACUGGCGAUCAAGACCACCAAGGUUCACCUUCACUACAGACCCGCAACCGCUAACUCCGGGCGACGCACUGCCCGGCACCUCCAGUAUCUGGUCCAACCCGCCAUCUCUUCCUCCGCUCCGCUCACUCACUUCAAACCGCCCGGCCAUUAACCCCGCUGACUCUGGGUUCCGCUCAAGCCGCUACCGUUCCAUCAACCAGCGAACGGCCGCUCAAAGCAGUGGUUCUAACCCCCGGGACGACCUGACUAGGAACUUCGACGACACUAACUGGCAACUACGAGCGUUGCUGAAUUAUACCAACCACGCCGACAUGAUGCCGCGUCCGGCACCUGCGAUGUCGCCACCCCUGCGCGGUGACGACGUAGCCGAAGAGAACCCCCGCAUCAAGCGUCGCAAGCUGGACACUCAUAGGACGGGCUCGGGCUUCAAGGCCCUCCGCUACGGCAAAUACGGCCAGCUGGAGCCAGGCCCGCUAGCCAUGGAAAUUGUGAGCUGCGAUGGGGGCUUAUACUCGGACGAGCACUCAUACGCACCCGCCAACAUCCUCAAGAACGACGCGUCGGUGUAUUGUACCAAGGGAAACCGUUGCAACAUUGUUCUGAAGCAUCAAGAUGGCAUUGUGUUUACACUUGACGAGUUAGUCAUCAAGGCGCCCGGACCCAGAUUCUCAUGCCCGGUCCGUGAAGGUAUGGUGUUUGUGGCGAUGGAGUCAGACGAACUCCUUACUCGUACAGCGCAGUAUCAAAUUCAAUACCUGCCUGGCCGGAGCCAACGGCGUCAGGUCGUGGUUGCUCGCCACGAGGAGGACGGCAGCCGCGUCGUGCGGCUUCAGCCACGGUCCGGUGGGGCGCAUGACUACGGUCUGGAGGACGAUGACAUGGAUGACAUGGAUGACGACGAUGAUGAUGAUGAGGACGAGGAUGAGGAGGAUGACUAUCGCACGGCCCAGAUUCCGCCCGAGUUCACGGUGUCACCAUCCCGCUUUAGCGUUACUACGGAGUACAGCGAUGAUGAGAACGAGGGGGAUCACCACCAUCCCCGGCCGCCUCCCCGGCGUGUUUCCCGGCACACGCCGAAUCGGAUCGGCCUGCUCGCCUUCGAGAGCGACAGCAGCGAUGAGAGCAUCUCCCUAUACAGGCAUUGGCCUCCCCAGGAAGAGUUUGACCGUGAGAGUGCAAGGGCCCGACGCCGCCGGUACCGGCGGACGAACGCCCAGGCGAGCGCCCGCGACAUGACGCUUGAAGAGGCUCAGGAGGCCUCGCAGAUCGCGACGCAGGAAGCCGUGCGGGCCGUGGGCGGCGGGCUCAUGGCCCCGCUGGCGCACUUCUUCAUCGAGAAGGACAAGAACAAGUGCAUCAUCCGGUUCAACCCUCCCGUGAGUGCGCGAUAUCUCCUGCUCAAGAUGUGGAAUCCGCAUCAGGACCCGCAUGAUGCGCCCAGGAACAUCGAUAUCCAGGGCGUUGUUGCCAAGGGGUUUGCAGGACCAAGGUUUUGUCCCGCUGUUGAACUCGCUUGA